AUGCCGACAGAGACACUGGCUCCAGCCCUGCCAGAUAGCAAGGCCGCUGGCCCCGCGACGCCCUUCAGCUCCGCUGUACCCCUCCGCAUCCUCAACAAGGGCCCGGACUACUUCAGGAGACAGGUGGAACCGAACCCGAAGCGCCUCAGUGCUGUUGAGCGACUAGAAGCCGACAAAGCGAAGUAUGUCAAGAGCCAGGAAGUUAUCAACGCCAAGCAGGAGCCAAUCAAACCGCCCGUGUUGGCCAAGCCUCCCGUCGGCCACGCCCUCCUGUCCAAGAGAGGUUCUGGGAUUGGCGGAGGAGGAAACGGAGGCGGGAUCCCUUUCAAAGCGUCCAACAACAACGCCAAGUCGGACACGUGCGCGACGAGCAGCGGCAGCAGCAAACGGGAGAAUUUAAACCUGGAGAUCCUGAAAAACCUGCUGAACUCCUCCUCCUCCUCCGGGGCCGAGGGGCGAGGAGGAGGAGCUAAGAGUGCCGUGAUGAUGAGGUCGUCAGGAGGAAUGGCCAGGAGCUGGACACCAUCAGGGAUGCCGUUAACGUACCGGUCUACGAUGGCGCUGAACGAGCAGCCGACAGACUCGGCUCCCAGCCCGAGCACCUCGCACUCCCUGCGCUCCUUCUCCCAUUCCCUGAAGGUCCCGCCCAUCAACAGCGGGGGGCGCCGCAGUCCGCAGGGCGCCAACCUCAACCUGAGCAGACGAGUCCUGGACGAGCGGGGGGGCGAGGGAGGAGUGAUCGACCGCUCUCGCUCCCCCCUGCCGCCUCUGCUCACCUCCCACUCCUCCUCCGACCUCCUGCGACUGUGCAACGGCAAGCCGCUUCGCACCGCCCGGUCCAGCAGCUCCUCGGCUCCACCCCUCCCCCCGAAGCCCAACCCCGCCUCCCUGCCUCCGCCCGCACUCUCCCUGUCGCUGCCUCCCCCUCGUCCGACUCCAUCCCCCUCGCACUGCGACAACACCACCCCUCAGUCGCUACCUUGUGAUUUCGGAGACCCCUCCGGCACCUCGACCGACUCCACCCUGGAGCUGGAGCUGGGCUCGUCCGUGGCCCGCCGCUCCUCGCUACACAGAUCUAAAUCAGACCUGUCGGACCGCUACGCCCGCGCCGGAGCGGACGUGGAACGCUUUUUUAACUACUGUGGCCUCGACCCGGAGGAGCUGGAGGCCGUCGGUCCGGAGAACUUUGCUCGAGCCAACUCGGACAUUGUCAGCCUGAACUUCCGAUCGGCCUCCAUGAUCUCCUCCGACUGCGACCGGUCGCGGCGGUCCUCCAACGACGGGCUGUCGGACGGGGACGAGGGCGAGGACGAGGAGGAGGAGGCCGGCGAGCGCGUUCCCUACGGCAUCUCGGCCGUGGAGCGAAACGCCAGAGUCAUCAAGUGGCUGUACAGCAUCAAACAGGCCAGAGAGACACAGAAAGUGUCACAUGUUUAGCUCCACGGACAAACGGCCCCGCGGUUCAGAAGUGAGGGACGGACCGGAACCUCACAGGGUCCGAGACCGGUCCUGGGGCCGGACUGAAACCCCCGAGUGAACAGACGAAUGAAUGGAAGAGAAGGUCACGAACAGUGAGGAAACAGUUUAGAAACGAAGAGACGAGGACUCUCAUCCUCCUGGUCCAGAACCGCAGGAGCACCAGGAACAAGAGGAGGAACAUGAACACGGGACAUGUAUGUAAAACUAACUGUUCCUCUGUGGACACGCUUCACACCGACUCACAGACCCGCGGACCGCCUCACGACGAAGGAUCCCGGGCCUGACGGAGGACACGUUGGCAGGUUCAGGUGUAGUCUGGUUUCAGACCUCUGACCUGGUCUGGGUCAGUGAGUACCACCUGGUUCUGGUCGUCCUCCUACAGACAGCGGCUUCAGAGAGAAUCUCACUCCUUCCCUUCGCUCUCUCAA